AGAAAUAAAUUCAAGCAUCUAGUGAACGUUCCGUUAUUUUCAAGGGUUUCUAAAAAAUCUUUUCAAAAACCAACGUGCUUUCUAUUGUUUCUAAAACUUUUGUUGAUAUCGAAAAUAUAUGGCAGACAAAAUGGAGUAUGUUGAAGUUCGGGAGUGAUUUCCAUCGAUUUCGACGGAGUUAUGAAUGUUUUAAUUAUCGCUAAAAACAACCAAACCACAAAUGGGUUGUUUCACCUUCUAUAGGCUUUCACUAGAUGCUUGAAUUUAUUUCUAGAAACAAGCAUUGGCACGAGACUCGGCAUGGUUGAGAACCUAUAUUUGGAGUUAUUUUUAAAGUUGUCAGAUCUAACCGGACUGAACUGGGUUAGUUUCAGCAAAAUUAGUGCUAUGCCUAAACCAGGGUAGCUAGUGACCUCAGAGUCACAUAGUUUUGCAAAGAACGCUUCAGACUAGUGAACUAUGUAACUUAAAUUUAAAAUAUAUUUUGGCUUCGAUAUCUGGCAAUCUCUUCUUUUUUCACCCAUCUGGUACACCACCAGAAAAUUGGACGUUGAAAACUCCUCAUAAAUCAAAAGACGCAGUAAACAUCUCUCUAUAAAACGAUGAAAACCACAUCUUUCUAUUACUUUUCGUUCUUGAGUUAUGAAAAAAACAGUCGAUUUGAAAUGAUUUUAAUUAAACAUCUUUUUUAUUGAUUAUAGAGUGAUCCAGAUCUUGGUGAAUUAACUAUAUCAUUAUGUUAUCUUCCAAAUGCAAAGCGUGUUACCGUCACCGUAGUGAAAGCAACUAAUCUCAAACCAAUGGAUAUUACGGGUAAAUCAGAUCCUUAUAUUAAAAUAAUAUUAUUUUUACACGGACGCAAAGUGAAAAAAAAGAAGACGGCUGUUGCUUACAAUACACUGAAUCCAACUUAUAAUGAAAGUAUGGAAUUUGAUGUUACUCUUGAAUCGGUUGAAGAUGCCGAUUUAAUAUUUAAAGUGAUGGAUUAUGAUCGAGUAGGAGCUAAUGAGUUAAUUGGCUGCGUGGGAAUUGGACCGCAUUUCGAUGGCGCUAAUCGGGAUCAUUGGUAUACGAUGAUCGAGCAUCCGCGUGUACCAAUAACAGAAAGUUAUAAUUUACGUGACUCGACACCACCAAUCACAUGCACGAGUCCAACUCAACAAAAAGCGCCAAUAAUUAAUGAUAGUAUUCUCAAAUAA